AUGAAUGAAGCUCGAUCAGCCUCGACGCUGCUUGAGCUAAUCGACGUCGUCGACAAUGUUCCCUACGACUUUGAUUACACAGCCCUCUACAAGCUCCUUCUCCCAAACGACGCCAGGACUCACGGAUUUCUCCUCCCCGAGACCGUAGCUCAACUGCCAUGGACGUCCGACUUCCUCAUAGACCAUGACGCCCGCACAGUCCAAGUCCUCGAUGCCUCCUCGGGGACGGACACCUCCGGAGCUGUCAAUGCCGCGUUCCAGGCCGUCAUCGACGCCGUCAUCGACCGCGGCCUCUUCUACACGAUGCUGCACGGCGACCACAGCGAGCCCUACCGCAUCAUCGGCGCCAACUUCUUCGCCGCCCUGGAGCGCUUCCCCGCGCCGCUGUUCGGCGUCGGCAGCCGCGGCGCGCACAUGACGGCGUUCGUGCGCGACCACGGGGCCGGCGAGAUGAAGAUCUGGAUCGCCCGCCGCGGGAAGCACCUCUUCACGUACCCGAACAUGCUGGACACGACCGUCGCCGGCGGCGUCAAGGCGACGGACGGGCCGCGCGAGUGCAUCGUGGCCGAGGCGGACGAGGAGGCCUCGCUGCCGGCGGAGUACGUGCGGGCGCACGCGCGGGCGGCAGGCGCGGUGACGUAUGUGACGCGCAGCAGGCGGUCUGGGCUGAUCAGCCCGACGGUGCUGUACGUGUAUGACCUCGAGCUGCCGGAGGAUAUGCGGCCGACGCCGAAGGACGGCGAGGUCGCGGAGUUCUUGCUCUGGGACGUCGAGCAGACCAGGGCAGCGAUGCUGAGGGGCGAGUUCAAGCCGAAUUGCAACCUUGUCAUGAUCGACUUCUUUAUUCGCCAUGGGAUCAUCACCGAUGCGAACGACCCGGACUUUUUGGACCUGUGCACGAGGUUGAGGAGGCACUUGCCUAUACCCACGGCUCCGGAGAGGUAG